CUUAAGCAAGUUCAAGAUGAUUUAUUGAAUGCUAAGAAAGAUUUAGCAACGUAUAUUGGUCCACAAGCAAUGUUGCCAAUGCUUCAGCACUCUGGCUAUAUUCAACAGCAUCCCAAUAAUAAUCCCUCUUCUUCUAAUAUGAUGGCUUAUAAUAUGCAGCCAAUGGGAUUGCAACAACAAUUAAUGAUGCGCGAUCCUCAACAACAACAACAACAACAGAAUCAGCAGCAAGUGAUUGAAGCUCAUCAAUUAGCCGCGGUAAUGGCUGCAAGGGAACAGGAGAUGAUGAGAACUUAUGAGCCACAACAAUUCAACAAUGGAUAUGAUUCUGCAGGGCCAGUAACUGCAACAGGAUUUCAUCAAAUGAGUUCAUCAGUAUCUCCUUCAUUGGCAUUAGCCUCAUUUGAUAAUGAUCCUUAUCAGAUUCAACAAGCCCAGCAGGAGCAGCAUCGCGGCCAGGUUCAGGUUCAGGUUCAGCCACAUCAAUUGCUUCAGCAACAACAACAGCUACCGCAACAACCACAGACACCACAGCAGCAACAGAGAGCCAACAGUGAAGAGGAAAGGAGCAUUGGUCCUUCAUGUUAA